AAUAAAUCAGAUUGAAUUUGGCACGGAUGUAAUUUCGCAGUAAUAAGAUUUUAUUUUUAUUUUUUAUUUUAUAAAUUGAAAUUAGAUGCAGGGAAUUUGCUUCCAUCCAAUCCAGCCCGAGGAAAACGUAAAAAUACUACUGAACAAAAUCCUAACGUAAAAUCUGCUCUGCAUUUGUGGCUUUGUGCGCCAAAGAUUGUGAUCACCCCUUUCACAUAGACGUUUUUACGGUGCUAUAAAUUUCCCCACAAGUGUAAUUUAAUUGCAAAAUCACCGGUUUUUGCUCAUUCUCAGGUCUCAAGUCUCAAUUAGAACUUUGGCUGCCGGAGUGAACUUUCCCCGGUGUACGGCGUCCUUAUUCUGAUCAUGGGAUUGAAGUCAUUCUUAGAUGUCCAUCCGGAUUCUCACUUCCCACUCGAGAAUCUUCCUUAUGGGGUUUUCAAGCCCGAACCUUCUUGCUCUGCUAGGCCCGGCGUGGCCAUCGGUAACUACGUUUUGGAUCUUUCCGUGGUUUCCUCCGCCGGGCUUUUCGACGGGCCCGCCCUCAAGAAUUCCGAUUGCUUUAAUCAGCCUAAUUUGAAUAAAUUUCUGGAGUUGGGAAGACCUGCCUGGAAAGAAGCUCGUUCUACUUUGCAGAAGUUAUUAUCAGGUUAAUAUUUUGUGUUUCUCCAAAUGUUAUUUCACAUUUCUUCAGUGGGAUUAUGCAUAGAUUGAUCUUUUAUGAUUGAGAGAUGUAUAUAACUGCAGCAACUGAACCGACUUUGCGAGAUAAUGCAACCCUGAGGGCAAAAGCUUUGGUACCGAUGGUAGGCUUCCAUGUCUAAAUAGUUGUAUUCAAUAUCAUUUGGAAGUAUUGCUGAAGUUGGUUUUGUUUGAUUUGUCCACGAUGCUGGUACAGGAUAAGGUGCAGAUGCUUCUUCCAAUCGCGAUAGGAGACUAUACUGACUUCUUUUCAUCAAUGUAUCAUGCUAGGAAUUGUGGUAUUAUGUUUCGAGGCCCAGAGAAUGCAAUCAAUCCAAACUGGUUUCAUCUUCCUAUCGCGUACCAUGGAAGAGCUUCCUCUAUAGUAAUAUCUGGAACAGAUAUCAUUAGGCCAAGAGGACAAGGUCACCCUAGCGGCAAUUCUCCACCUUAUUUCGGACCUUCUCGAAAGCUGGACUUUGAGCUGGAGAUGGCCGCUGUAGUUGGUCCGGGGAAUGAAUUAGGAAAACCUAUUGACGUAAAUGAGGCUGCAGAUCAUAUCUUUGGAGUUGUUCUGAUGAAUGAUUGGAGUGCAAGAGACAUUCAGGCAUGGGAAUAUGUUCCCCUUGGUCCUUUUCUUGGGAAGAGUUUCGGUACAACUAUAUCCCCUUGGAUUGUGACCUUAGAUGCUCUGGAACCCUUUUCUUGUGAAGCUCCAAAACAGGAACCUCCUUCUCUCCCUUACCUUGCUGAGAAAACCUCAAGAAACUAUGAUAUUAAUUUGGAGGUCAGUAUUAGACCUGCUGGACAAGGAGAUUCGCAUGUCGUCACCAAAAGUAACUUCAAGCACUUGUACUGGACAAUUACCCAGCAACUUGCACAUCACACUAUUAAUGGUUGCAACUUAAGACCUGGCGAUCUCCUUGGAACUGGCACUAUCAGUGGACCUGAACCAGAUUCUCUUGGAUGUUUGCUGGAGCUCAGCUGGAAUGGUACGAAAUCAGUGACUCUAGGUGGAACAUCACGGAAAUUUCUUGAAGAUGGGGAUGAAGUAAUCUUUUCCGGUUUCUGCAAGGGAAAUGGUUACAUUGUCGGAUUUGGAUCCUGCUCAGGGAAGAUUCUUCCAUCGCUACCUUGAGAAUUCAGCUAGUCAUUGGAGGAGAUGCAUACCUUGACCAGUCCUCCAUAUUUGUUUUUGAGGAUGGUUUUAGGGAUACCUGUGUGAUCACCCUAGCUUCCAUUUUAUUCCUUGUGUACCUCAAAUUCAUGUGAAUAAAGUGAGCAAGUGACGUUUCAAGUAUAAAGUUAAACGUUUGCUUUAGCUUGUUCAGUAGUCUGUACUAAGGUGUUUACCAUUUGUCUGGACCCUUUUGGCUUUUGAACAGGCAGGUUUAUCUGGGCUUUGCAAUUAGCCAGCAGUUUGUCGAGGGAUUUGUCAUCUUCUAAGCCAUAAACUAAACAAUUUACUCCCGAAAUCUCAGUCAUUGAACAAGUUGUGUACCAUAUGAUCUCAGGAGUACCAUAUUAGACCUUUUAAGGACAAAUCUUUUCU